ACUCCAGAUCUACAGGCACAUUUUUGGAGAUUAUUAUUUUUUUUUUUUAUCUUUAUUUUUAUUUUUUCCUCGCUCGGUCUGGACAGGAGUGUCAGGGCUGCAGCUUGGUGAGUUCAAAAGCAUCACAGUGAGGGUUGAACUGGACGCGGCUCUCGGUGCCAACGCCUUUCCCUCUCUCUGCGCUUCUCCUCCCGGCCGGGGAAGUUCAGCUCACACCGAGCCAGGAGCAGCAGACCACGGCGGCGUCCGAAGCCAAUAUCCGGAGCAGAAAAAGUUGUUUUGUUUUGGGGGUGGGGGGAGAAGAAACAGAAGAUGGGCUGCACGAUCAGCGCCGAGGAUAAAGCCGCGGUGGAGAGGAGUAAAAUGAUUGAUAAAAACAUACGAGACGACAGAGAGAAAUCAUCCAGAGAGGUGAAACUGCUUCUACUCGGUGCCGGGGAAUCUGGAAAGAGCACUAUUGUCAAGCAGAUGAAAAUCAUCCACGAGGAUGGCUACUCGGAAGAAGAGUGCAAGCAGUACAAAGUGGUGGUGUACAGCAACACCAUCCAGUCCAUCACGGCCAUCAUCAGGGCGAUGGGGCUGCUGAAGAUCGAUUUUGGCGAUGCUGCCCGGGCGGACGACGCGCGUCAGCUGUUCACCCUCGCGAGCACGGCGGAGGAAGGAGUGAUGUCUCCGGAGCUGACCGCCGUCAUCCGCAAGCUGUGGCGCGACAGCGGCGUCCGGGCCUGCUUCGACCGAUCUCGAGAGUAUCAGCUCAACGACUCGGCUGCAUACUACUUGAACGCGCUGGACAGGAUCUGCAAACCGAACUACAUCCCGACUCAGCAGGAUGUGUUGCGCACCCGGGUGAAGACCACAGGGAUCGUGGAAACUCACUUCACCUUCAAAGAUCUCUACUUCAAGAUGUUUGACGUUGGCGGUCAGCGCUCGGAGAGAAAGAAGUGGAUCCACUGUUUCGAAGGAGUUACCGCCAUCAUUUUCUGCGUGGCGCUCAGUGACUACAACCUUGUCUUGGCGGAGGAUGAGGAAAUGAACCGGAUGCACGAGAGCAUGAAGCUGUUCGACUCCAUCUGCAACAACAAGUGGUUCACACUCACCUCCAUCAUCCUCUUCCUCAACAAGAAGGACCUGUUCGAAGAGAAGAUCUCCAAGAGUCCGCUGACUAUCUGCUACCCCGAGUACACCGGUGAGAACUCCUACGAAGAGGCAGCUGCUUACAUCCAGUGCCAGUUUGAAGACCUAAAUAAACGGAAAGACACAAAGGAGAUCUACACCCACUUCACUUGUGCCACAGACACCAAGAAUGUCCAGUUUGUGUUUGAUGCGGUCACCGACGUCAUCAUCAAAAUCAACCUGAGAGAGAUCGGACUCUACUGAAGCUCCUGCCAGGUUGCAGGCGAUUUGAGAGAACCUGGACGUCUGAGGUUCGUCUUGACGAAUUGGAGCAGUUUUUAACUAAAGACUACAUUCAUGGCCAGGCGGGAUCGAAAGGGCAACUCUGGCCACUUUUCUCUCAGUAAAGAUGAUUACUGCGAGUCCAGCUGUAUUUAAUGUAUUUUGAUUAUUCAGACACGUGAAGUCUCUGUUGCUUUUACGUUCAGUAUGUUAUCUGCACAAGGACUAAAAUGGAUCAUUUCAGAGAAUACCCGUCGCUACGUUUCACAGUGUUUUAUGAAAGUUAGGUUCACAGUUCUGUUGUGUCUCGUCUUUAAAUGUCUGUGUUUUGCUUUUGACGACUUUUUGGUUUUGUUAAGUUCUGUUUUAAUUAUUAGAUGCAGUUUAUAGAUUUAAUAUCCCGACCUUUGGAUAUGUGAAUUUCAUGACUUUUGAUUUUGGAAAGAUUUUGACGGGAGCCGUUUAUAGACACGAUAUGUGAUGUAAUUGUUUGAGUUUGAAGGUAGAUAACUAGAGUCCAGUGAGGUCAUUUCCCCACCUAUAGUCCACUUAGUUAUUUUGACUUAAACUAGAACAGAAUAUGGUGAACAAUAUGUUUGAAACAAAUCACCGAUGAAAUCAAUAUGAAGGGACAUUUUUAGUUUACUCUGCUUGUUUGUUCUUAUUUCAUUUUUAUUUGGACCAUAAAUGUUGCUAAUAUUAUUGAAUCAGUAAAGGUCAGCGUCUGUUUUUUUUUUUUUUAACAUGAAAACAUAAAAGUGCGUAUCAUUUCAAAAGGACAUAGUUCUACCCUUUAGCCAUUUGCCACUGCUGUGUAGUCAUGGUAAAAAGAAAAUUUCCCUAAAUGUCAGCGCAGUUAUCUGAAGAACUAAAUGCACCCUUGCUGCUUCCGCUGGAUAACGAAGGUAAAGUAGCAGCCAAUUUAAAAUGUUCCCACAGGAAUGGAUGACUUAGCAAGCUCCAUCUUUGGCCAUGUUCGAAAAACAGACAAGCACGUCUGCUGGAGAAGCAGAAAGUCUCUAAAAUAGCAAAGAUGCAUCUGAAUCAGGCCUGCAACUUCUCCGAUCAUUAGAGAUUCAUGGAUGUAAUAAAAAGUGCCAUGAGAAACAACUCAGCAGAUCAGCAUAAGUGGCUCAAAUCAACCAGGAAGCAUGAUGGUGGAAAGUACAUGUACUUUGGUUUGAGUUUGAGUUUAAUUCAGAUGCUUCACUGUGGUAUAAAAGGAGUUUUUUUUUUAUAAGAUUAAUAAAAUCAGCUUUAUAAACAGAUAUUUCCAAUGUACGGAGCCCCGAAGGGGACAUGGGGAUUUUUUUUUUUUUUCUUUUGCGUUCCCUCGCAAUAAUGUACUGAUCAGUUCAUGUGGCAUAACUGAAUACUGUCAGCCUUUCUUACGGUGUCCAUCGUACUUCCUGCUAUUACAAAAGGCUUUUGUGAGGUUUUUCCAUGCGUGUUAAUAUCUCGUUGUGGAAUAUCUGACGUUUUAUAUCUUUUUCUUUAUGAGAGAAAUGCACCACAAACCUGUAAUGUAGACAGAAACUUUCCAUAAGAAGGAAACAAAGAAAAAAUACAUCCAAACUAUUUGGACUAUUUCUGAGUUAUUAUCACAGGGAAAUAAGUCAUCUGACAGUUUUGAUUGUGUAUUUUUUGUGCUGGUUCUGAAUGGUUUAAACUUUAAAGGGUCGUUUUCAUGUGCAGUUUCAUCUCAACCUGACACAAACAGACGUAAACAUGCCGUGAAUAAAUCGAUUUUCAAUCAAAGAGUUAAAAACAAAAACAUAUUUUUAAUGAG